AUGGCAGGUGUGUCUCCCAAGAAGGCCCACCCCUGUGAGAUGUGUGGCCCUAUCUUAGGAGACAUUCCACACGUGGGAGAUCAUCAGGGAACACAUCCCAAGCAGAAACUGCACAGCUGUGAGGCCUGGGGGAACAAAUUGUAUGACAGUGGAAACUUUCAUCAACACCAGAAUGAGUACAUUGGAGAGAAACCCUACAGAGGCAGUGUUGAGGAAGUGUUGUUUGUGAAGAGGUGUAAGUUCCAUGUGUCAGAGGAGUCAUCUGUCUUCAGUCAGAGUGGGAAAGACUUUUUGCCCAUUUCAGGAUUACUCCAGCAGGAGGCCACUCACACUGGGGAGAAGUCAAACAGCAAAACUGAGUGUGUGUCUCCCUUUCAGUGGGGGGGAGCUCACUAUAGCCAUGGAGAAUCCAUGAAACAUUUUAGCACCAAACAUACACUCAGUCAGCACGAGAGACUUCUCCCUAGAGAAGAGUGUUAUGUGUGCUGUGAAUGUGGGAAAUUCUUUAGCAAACAUGCUAGCUGCAGUAAUCAUCAGAGAGUUCACACUGGUAAAAGACUUUAUGAAUGUGGAGAAUGUGUGAAAUCCUUUAGCAAAUAUGCUAGCUUCAGUAAUCAUCAGAGAGUUCACACUGGAAAAAAACAUGAAUGUGGAGAAUGUGGGAAAUCCUUUAGUCAAAAGAGAAGCCUCAUUCAACAUCAGCGAUUUCACACUGGAGAAAAACCUUAUGAGUGUGAAGAGUGUGGGAAAUCUUUUAGUUCAGAAGGACAUCUUAGGAGCCAUCAACGAGUUCACGCUGGAGAAAGACCUUACGAGUGUGGAGAAUGUGUGAAAUCUUUCAGUCAUAAGCGCAGUCUUGUUCACCAUCAGCGAGUUCACGCUGGAGAAAGACCUUAUCAGUGUGGAGAAUGUGGGAAAUCUUUCAGUCAAAAGGGCAACCUCGCCCUACACCAGCGAGUUCACAGUGGAGAAAGACCUUAUGAGUGUGGAGAAUGUGGGAAAUCUUUCAGUCAUAAGCGCAGUCUUGUUCACCAUCAGCGAGUUCACAGUGGAGAAAGACCUUAUCAGUGUGGAGAAUGUGGGAAAUCUUUCAGUCAAAAGGGCAACCUCGUUCUACACCAGCGAGUUCACACUGGAGCAAGACCUUAUGAGUGUGGAGAAUGUGGGAAAUCUUUUAGUUCAAAAGGACACCUUAGGAACCAUCACCACAUUCACACUGGAGACAGACUUUAUGAGUGUGGAGAGUGUGGGAAAUCUUUUAGUCAUAAGGGCACCCUCAUUCUACAUCAGCGAGUUCACCCUAGAGAACGACCUUAUGGGUGUGGAGAAUGUGGGAAAUCUUUUAGUUCAAACGGGCACCUUAGGAGCCAUCAGCGUGUUCAUACUGGAGAAAGACCUUAUGAGUGUGGAGAAUGUGGGAAAUCUUUUAGUCAUAAGCGCAGCCUUGUUCACCAUCAGCGCAUUCACACUGGAGAAAGACCUUACAAGUGUGGAGAAUGUGGGAAAUCUUUUAUUGAAAAAGGACACCUUAGGAAUCAUCAGCGAGUUCACACUACAGAAAGACCUUUUAAGUGUGGGGAAUGUGGGAAAUGUUUUAGUCACAAGGGUAACCUCGUUCUACACCAGCAUGGCCAUAUGGGAGGAAGGCCUUAUGUGUGUAGGGAAUGUGGAAAAUUAUUUAAGAAGAAGUCUCGCCUCCUUGCACACCAGAGAAUUCACAAUGGAGAAAAGCCAUAUGCUUGUGAAGCUUGUCAGAAAUUUUUUAGGCACAAGUACCAACUCAUUGCACAUCAGAGAGUUCACACUGGAGAAAGGCCUUAUGAAUGCAAUGAUUGUGGAAAAUCAUUUACCCACAGCUCUACGUUCCAUGUUCAUAAGUGAAUUCACACUGGAGAAAAGCCUUAUGAGUGCAGUGAAUGUGGAAAAUCUUUUGCUGAAAGCUCCAGUCUCACUAAACACAGGAGAGUUCACACUGGAGAAAAGCCUUAUAAAUGUGAGAAAUGUGGGAAAUUAUUUAACAAGAAGUCUCACUUCCUUGUACACCAGAAAGUUCACACUGGAGAAAAGUCAUAUGAGUGUGAGGAUUGUCAGAAAGUUUUUAGCAAGAAGGACCACCUCAUUGCACAUCAGAGAGUUCACACUGGAGAAAAGCCAUAUGUAUGCAAUGAUUGUGGGAAAUCAUUUACCCACAACUCUGCAUUCCGUGUUCAUAAGAGAGUUCACACUGGUCACACGACCUUAUGAGUGCAGUGAAUGUGGGAAAUAUUUUGCUGGAAGCUCCUGUCUCACUAAACAAAAAAGAGUUCACACUGGAGAAAAGCCAUAUGGGUGGAGUGAAUGUGGGGAGAAAUUUAGCCAAAGCUUUUCACUUUUUCAUCAUCAGAGAGUUCACAAGAGAAAGGCCUUAAUUGUGUAGUGAAUGUGGGAAAUCCUUUGCCAAAACUUUCAGUCUCAUUAAACACAGGAGAGUUCACACUGGAGUAAGGUCUUGUGAUUGCAGCAAAUGUGGAAAAAAAGUUACCUGAAGGUCUUCUCUCUUUGAACAUCAGAGUUCACACUAGACAAAUGAAAUACAUUUGGGUGAUUUUAUAGCCACACUUCUGUGCUCCUUCAACAUCAGAGUUAACACUGGAUCAGGGCCUUACCAGUGUGACAAAUGUGACAUAUUUAUAUAGAAAUCUAGCUUCAUAAUACACAGGAGACUUCCCACUGCAGAAACGCUUUUUGAAUGUAAUGAAUGCAAGAAAGGCUUCAGCAUGUUUUUUUUUUGAGAUGGAGUCUCACUCUGAAACCCAGGCUGUAGUGCAGUAGUGUGGUCUAGGCUCACUGCAAGUUCUGCCCCCCGGGUUCACACCCUUCUCCUGCCUCAGCCUCCCGAGUAACUGGGACUACAGAUGUCCACCACCACGCCCGGCUAAUAUUUUGUAUUUUCAGUAGAGACAGGGUUUCACCGUGUUAGCCAGGAUGGUCUUGAUCUCUUGACCUCGUGAUCUGCCCACCUCGGCCUCCCAAAGUGCUGGGAUUACAGGAAUAAGCCACCACGCCCAGCCCAGCCUUCAGCCUUCUUAUUAGAGCCUCAAACAUUGUCAUGAGAAACACACAAUAGAUGUAUAUGGAAUGUUAUUUCUUUUUCAAUGUAACAUUUGAGGAGCUCCUUUGAGGGUGCCACCUGCCUAGAUUGAAUGUCAUUUAUCGAGAAUCUGCAAAAUUUCCAAGCAUGGGGCAGCUACAGUGCAUUUUUCACUCUACCCAGGUGCCUUGCUAGAUUUCUUUUUGAGAUAGUGUGUCACUCUGUCGCUCAGGAUGGAGUGUAGUGAUGUGUUCACAUUUCUUGAUCUCCUGGACUUGUGAUUCUCUUGCCUCAGCCUCCUGAGUAGCUGAAACCACAGGCAUGCACCACCAUGCUCCACUAAUUCUUUAAGUUUUGGAGACACAGGGUUUCACCAUGUUGCCCAGGCUGGUCUUCAACUUCUGGACUCAAGUGAUCUUUCCACCUUGGCCUCCAAGCAUGCUGGGAUUACAGGUGUGAGUUACUGUGCCUCACUUUUUUUUUUUUUUUUAAUUUUAAUUUCUGAUCUAGUCACAGAAGGAUUUGUUGAGUAGCUUCAGCACUUCUUCCUUUGUCAUUUUUUUCUGUCUGAUAAGUCGUGCCAUGGACCUUACCCAUUUUUAUCCCAGAGGCCUCUUAUGUUGACUUGAAAAGAUGAACUAUGUCUUUCAGAGAUCUUGUGGGUAUCACAUAAAUCUUGACAAAUUUUCUACCCUCCAAGUCAUGAUCCUAAGGACAGCUUGCCUCCCAUUUCUCCAGUUUGUGCUAUUAUGGAGGCCUUAUUGUUUCAGCCUUCUUCAAUCUUGAGGGUUGUUGUCACUGUAUGCGUGGUUCAGAAACAAGUAGGUCCUGUUACCAUGAAGGGGGUCACAGCUUUUGUUGGCAUAGCUAAACUCUUUGUGGCUCAUGGGACAGUAUGAAUGCAGAACAUAGCUUUCUCGACUUGUGGACUGCUUUGCAUAGCUGCCAGAGGCCUCCAGAGAAGGCCUUCAGGGCUUUGUGGUCUUUAUCUGUAGCAUGGAUACUAAAAUUUGUGGACUCAUAGGUCAGCUGGCUCCAGGGCAUUUUUUGUGACAAUUUCUGGUGUUUUUUGAACAAGACAAAAUUCUCACUUUUACGAGGUAUAUUGCAUUGUACUCGGUACUGCUGAGGGAAGUUUGUUCCCCAGCUCUUGCAAUGCAGACACAUGCCUUGAUAUCCAGAAUUCUGUAGGAUAACAUCACAGAUUGUAAUGCUAUUGGGUGAAAUUAUAAUUUUAUAAAAUUACUGCAUUUAUAGGCAGUGGAGGAGACAGAAUAAUGUAAUUGCAACACUUUUUUUUUUUUUUUUUUUUUUUUGAGACGGAGUCUCGCGCUGUUGCCCAGGCUGGAGUGCAGUGGUGCAAUUUUGGCUCACAGCAAUCUCUGCCUCCCAGGUUCAAAUGAUUCUCCAGCCUCAGCCUCCCGAGUAGCUGGGACUACAGGCACGUGCCACCACACCCAGCUAAUUUUUGUAUUUUUAGUAGACAUGUGGUUUCACUGUGUUGGCCAGGCUGGUCUCGAACUCCUGACCUCGUGAUCCGCUGGCUUCAGCCUCCCAAAGUGCUGGGAUUACAGGUGUGAGCCACCAUGCCUGACAUAAUGCAUGUCUUUUAAAAGGGCAUCCACGAUGAUCCAGUCACUAUGUAUGUGAUGAAUAUGCAGAUACAGGAAUUUGAGUUCUUCCGUAAUGAUGAAUGUUGUAUUGUUGAGGCCAUUGUCAGAGGAAAUACUCUAGAGGUUUUGUGAAUUCCUGUACCCAUUCUGGGCUGUGCACCUCAAGGUCAUUCCUGCAUUAGCAGGAGGAAGAUGAUAGGGAGAAGGGAGAUCUCAGUUCAGUGAUGUGGCCUUUGUGACCAGCCAGCCAGUUAAUCAGAUGGAAAUGGCCUUAUUGCCACAUCAAUAUUUGCUACCACGGAGGCUAGUUUUCUCACUUAGGGCAUGAGAAGAAUUGGUGUAGUCAGUAUAGAGUUGCCAAACCUAUUCUCCAAAAAUAAUGAUAAAUAUUUUUCUUUUGAAUUGCAUUUUUUUAUUAUUAUUUUUAAAUUUUUUUUUUUUAUGAGAUGGAGUCUCGCUGUGUUGCCCAGGCUGAAUGGAGUGCAGUGGCAUGAUCUCGUCUCACUGCAAGCCCUGCCUCCUGGGUUCACACCAUUCUCCUGCCUCAGCCUUCCAAGUACCUGGGACUACAGGCACCCGCCACCACACCUGGCUAAUUUUUUGUAUCUUUACUAGAGAUGGGGUUUCACCGUGUUAACCAAGAUGGUAUCGAUCUCCUGAAUUCGUGAUCUGCCCACCUGGGCCUCCCAAAAUGCUGGGAUUACAGGCAUAAGCCACUGCGCCCAGCAAUUUUUUUUUUUCUUUUUUGAGAUAGAGUCUCACUGUCACCCAGGCUGGAGUACAGUGGCAUGACCUAGGCUCACUGCAACCUCUACUUCCUAGGUUCAAGCAGUUCUCCUGGUUCAGCCUCCCGUGUAGCUGGGACUGGAAGCAUGUGCCACCAUGCCCAGCCAAUUUUUGUAUUUUUAGUAGAGACGGAGUUUUGCCAUGUUCGCCAGGCUGAUCUCGGACUUCUAACCUCAGGUGAUCUGCCUGCCUCAGCCUCCAAAAGUGGUGGGAUUACAGGUGUGAGCCACUGCUCCCAGUCUGAAGUAUAUUUUAAAGCAGUGAUAAGUUAUAAGUUAUGAAUUACAUUCAGUAAAGUAUGCAUAUUUAAACUGUAGUAUGUGAUAAAUUUGGAGUUUCAUAUAAUCCCAUGAAACCACUGACAUAGUCACAAUAAUGAAUUUAACACCUUUAUAUUUACCUGGAACCUUUUUUUAAAGUCUUUCUUUCUGUUCUCCAGACGAUCAAUGAUUUACUUUGCUGUACAGUAAAGUACUUUCCAUUUUCUGGAAUUUUAGAUGACUGAUGUAAUAAAGUGUUUCCUCAUAUAAUCCCUG